AAAACCUGGGCCCAACCAAAAAAAGCAUCGAUCCUCGCACUCGUACGCAAAGAACCCAUCCCCAGCCGCCCGCGGAAAAUAACCCUAGCCCGCCGGCCGGAAAUCCCGCGGUCCGUGCCACCACGCAGGCUCGUCGGCGGACGGCACGGGACUCGCUCGCCACCUCAACGGUCCAUCCCGGCAUCUCGCCUCCUCACCCGUCCCUGCUCGGCUGCUGCUUCACUGGCUCCGGCACUGCGGAGCCGGCUCCCCUGCUCGCCGGCGCCGCUGGCUCGCCGCGAUGGCAUCGGGGAGGCCGCCUCUGGUCGGCUCCACUCCAAAACCACAUCUCCAAGCGCAGCUGAUUGCAGUCCUCUCUAAACUCUCUUUAUUAUUCUUGUUUGAAUUUGGGAACAGAAGUAACAAAGCAGCUCUUUAUUUCAUUCCCAACCAUUGAAUUCAAAUUGGGACUACAGAUGAACAGAAGCCAUGAUGUUUUUAUCUAGUUUGCUGGAUUAUUAGUCCUUGAAUUCAAAAUUCAUGCAAAUUAUGCAAUUUGAGCUGCACUUUUUGGCUUUUGCUAUGUCUUCGUAUGGUUUUUUUGGGGGUCGAUUCCUGGCUCCGCGCCCUGGUCUAGCUGAACGUUUUCUUAUCUGGAUGUUUCGAGCAAGUUUAACCAGCCAGAGCUGGGUAGCAGAAGAUCAAUUUUUCUAAUGCAAUUCCCCAUCUGUUAGCAGCUUCGUCGCACGCCGCACAAAGUCAAACGUAAAAUGGGCAGCAGUUAAACCCGUGCAUCUUUGUCUCCAGUCAAUCACACGUAUGCCGUGGACCAGUUCUUUGUGUACUUGUCUAACAUCACAGCUGAACUGGUCUUCUGGAGUUAUUAUUAACUUCUCAGACGACUUGCAUCUGAGUCACAUGGAGAUUUCCUGAUGCUCUCCAUAACACGGAUGUGUCGGUAGCACCAGGCAGCGAAGGUAGGAUCGAUCGAUCCGUUGUUCACCGGCCCGGAUGUUUGAUAUGCGCACACCGAUGAUCUUGCUCGCCGCAGCAGCAGUCCUGGAGGCCGUGCUGCAGUUCGCCGGUGCAGUCGGUAGUACCGGGCUGCCCAACUGCCCCACCAGCUGCGGCGGCGUGGGCGUGCCGUACCCUUUCGGCAUCGGCGCCGGCUGCUACCACUCACCAGGGUUCAACCUCACCUGCGACGGCCGCGGCCACGACCCGCCACGCCUGCCGCUCGGCCAAGACGGCAGCUUCCGGGUGCUCGACAUCUCCCUCGCCAACGCCACCGUACGCGCCACCCGCACCGGCGCCAUAAACAUCACCUCCGAUGCCGGCACCAGCAACGCGUCUCUGUCCGACGGCCGCGGCGCUUGGGGAGGCCUCGGCGGCGACGGCGGGCCUUACGUGCUGUCAGACGACGGCAACGAGCUGCUGAUCAUCAACGGGUGCGACGUGCUGGCACUGCUGACCGCGGGAGCCGGGAGCAACAGCAGCAGCAACGUCACCAUCAGCGGCUGCGCCUCAUUCUGCCCCGGCACGGACGCCGGGUCGCGCACCACGCUGUCCGUGAGCAGCACCGACAGGCGGUGCACCGGCGUCAGGUGCUGCCAGAUGCCCAUCAGCAUCGGCCGGGCCUCCUACGACGUGACCUUCCGGCGGCUCGACGCGAGCCAGGCACCAGACAUCAACGUGCAGCCCCUCGUGCUCAUCGCGGAGCUGGGUUGGCUCGCGCAGGCCGCGGCCUCCACCAGGGGCGCCCCGCUCCCGGUCAACCUCGACGAGACGCCGGUGCCCGUGCUGCUGGGCUGGGCGAUCGGAUCGGCACCUCUCGCCGACCAGACGCCCAUGAACAACUCGACGUGCGCCCUGGACGCGGCGCACGGCGCCUGCAGGAGCCGACACAGCGCCUGCCGCAACGUCGCCACGGCGGUCCGCAGCGGCUACGUGUGCGACUGCCAGGAGGGCUACCAGGGCAACCCCUACCUCACCGACGGAUGCCAAGAUGUCAACGAAUGCGAGCGGGCAGAGGAUUAUAAUUGCUUUGGCGAGUGUACGAACUUGCCCGGAACGUUCCAGUGCCGAUGCCCGCAAGGAACCCAUGGGAACUACACCCGGCGACCUGGUUGCGUCAGUUCUCCUAAUUCUUUGGCUACAGGUUUAGGCACCAGUAACUUUAUAGGAGCUAUUAUUGGUGCGAGCGUUAUUAUACUUCUGGGUGCGAGCGUUAUUAUACUUCUGGUCCUCGCCUCUGUUUUCAUCGUUCGCAAACAUAAACAUCUAAGGGCUAAGAAGCUGAGGCAGAAGUUCUUCCAGCAGAAUCGUGGACAACUAUUGCAACAAUUGGUAGCUCAAAGGGCGGAUAUCGCGGAGCGGAUGAUCAUACCUUUGGAAGAGCUCGAGAAAGCAACAAACAGCUUCGAUAAAGCACGCGAGCUUGGUGGGGGAGGGCAUGGCACCGUCUACAAAGGGAUUUUAUCUGACCUCCAUGUUGUAGCUAUCAAGAAGUCAAAAAUCGCGGUACAAAGGGAGAUUGAUGAGUUCAUAAACGAGGUGGCCAUCCUCUCACAGAUAAAUCAUAGAAACGUGGUGAAGCUUUUUGGAUGUUGCCUUGAGACAGAAGUGCCUCUACUCGUCUACGAGUUUGUUUCUAAUGGAACACUCUACGACCAUCUUCAUGUCAGACCAAUGUCAUUGCCAUGGGACGAUAGGUUAAGGAUUGCAAAUGAGAUAGCCAAAGCUGUCGCCUAUCUUCACUCGUCUGUUUCAAUCCCUAUUAUCCACAGGGACAUAAAGUCUGCCAAUGUACUUCUUGAUGAUGUGCUAACAUCAAAAGUGGCGGACUUUGGAGCUUCAAGGCACAUUCCAAUUGAUCGGACAGGGAUAACAACAAAGGUGCAAGGAACUAUUGGAUACAUGGAUCCUAUGUAUUAUUACACAAGGCGUUUGACAGAAAAGAGCGAUGUUUACAGCUUUGGGGUCAUUCUUGUUGAAUUGCUUACAAGGAAAAAACCAUUUUCAUAUAUAUCCUCAGAAGAUGAAGGCCUUGUUGCACAUUUUGUUGCCUUGCUUACAAAAGGCAGCUUGGUUGACAUACUAGAUCCGCAGGUUAUGGAGGAGGGGGGCAAAGAUGUUGAGGAAGUUGCUGCAUUAGCCGCUUCAUGCAUAAAACUGAAAGGAGACGAUCGUCCCACCAUGAGGCAAGUAGAGAUGGCGCUUGAAAAAAUUCAACCAUCCAAAGGGCACGUUUCAAAAAUUGUUGCAACAGGUAAAUUUGAGGAAAUUGCUGGAAGCCAUCUCCCAUCAUCGCUGGAAGAGAGAAACAUGCAAGGAGGGACUAGAAGGUACAGUUUGGAAGAAGAAUUCUUUAUGUCUGCAAGGUACCCUCGGUAGUUUUGCAUACAUCUCGUGGGUUGCAUACUGAUAUUUUUCCGGUGGUUCCCUGUACUCCGUCUUAAUCUUUUUAUUUUCUUUCGAGGGGAUGUAGUCAGCAAAAAAAAGGCCUUCUUUUGUUUUUCUUCUCUUGAAGAGCAAGUGCUCUCCUCUGCUUAAUACUGUACGGAAUACUCGUAUAACGGAACACGCUUCAUAUGAGUUUGACGUUUUGUAGACAGACUCGUUCCGUUGAAUAACAAACUACAUGAGGUAA